AUGUCCAACGACACAACACCCCUCAUCCCUGGUCUCCCAGCGGUGGAGCCACCGCCGCCCGACGCGACGGCUGAGCGCUGCCACCUCCUCGGUCCCACGGCACUGGUGGUGCAAGCCAUCAUGGGCGUCUUGGUGCUAUCCUCACUCGUCGUCAAGCGACACUUUGAGAAGCGCAAGCGUCCAUGGCGCGUGUGGGGCUUUGACGUCGGCAAGCAGCUCGUCGGACAGGCGACACUACACGCGUGCAACAUUCUCGUCUCGAUGGUCGCAGGCAAUUCGAGCAGCAACAAUCCCUGCUCGCUUUACUUUCUCAACAUCCUCAUCGACACCACCAUCGGCGUCGGCAUCUUCUACCUCGGCCUCAUAGGAUAUACCAAGCUCUUCGUCAAGCACUUGGGACCGGAAGGCUUCACUAGUGGGCAAUACGGCCGUCCCCCACAGUGGCAUUUCUGGUUCAGGCAGCUCCAGCCCUACCUCGCAGCCGUGGUGACGAUGAAGCUCAUCGUCAUUCUCAUGCUCACCCUUCCUGGGAUAAGCGGCGCACUCAUCCGCGGGACCCAGAGCAUGCUGGGCUACCUCACCCUCGAUGUGCAGGUUGUCUUCGUGCUCGCCAUCUUCCCCGUCAUCAUGAACGUCUUCCAGUUCUGUGUGAUGGACCAGGUCAUCAAGGCCGGCAAGGGUGUCGAGCAUAAGGAGCAGCGCGAUCAAGAUGAGGAGGAGAUGGACGGGUACGAACCCGUGUCGACGCGCGAGCAUGCCAGACGGUCGUCGGGUGCAGCGCUGAGCCGCACCUCGUCAAGAAUGGGUUCGCUCGAAUUCGCUCCGUUCGUGGGGCAGCGCACCCUCGCCGUGGGCGACAACGUCCUCCGAGUUGAGAUGACCUCGCGCUCUCCAACACCACCACCUGCUGCCGCAUCCUCUGGUCUCCGGCGCGUACCUCUCAUCCGCGAGUCACCUUCGCCGCAUCCAUCCACGUCCUCGGUUGCUUCGACGAGCUCCGAAGACUCCGACGCCGACAGGUCACUGGUGUCGUCUUCAGCCUCGACCGAAGCCGAGGCCAAACUCAAUGGCGCACGUGACGUGAUGCCCAACGGCACACCUCGGAAGACCGUGAAUGGUGCGAUUGUCUCGGCGAAAAGUACGCCCAAUGGCACACCUAACGGGACGCCUAUGAAGGCUACCAAGGUCGGCGCCCAGGCCAAUGGCGAGCCAAAGACCAAAGUCGGUCCCCAGGCCAAUGGCGAGCCCAAGACCAAAGCCGCACCCAAAGAACAUAGCCUCGCCGACCCGUCCGACGUCGACUUGUCGUGGCCCCAGCUCGCGGCCAACAGGCCACCAGGGCUCUUCAACCCGUCGAUGGCGUGCUACAGCAAUGCGACCCUCCAGAUGCUGCUGCACACCCCACCUCUUCUGAACCUCGUCAUGGCGCACGACUCUAGAACAUGCCAACUGUCAAACCGUAACGCAUUCUGCAUGGCAUGCGCAUUGAGGAUCACCGCGCAGGAACACUGGUCGGGCAAGAAGAAGGCUUACACCCCCCAAACAGUGCAGGGCAACCUUGGAAGAAUCAAGAAGGGUUUCAGCGCUAGACGCCAAGAAGACGCGCACGAGUUCCUCCGUUUCGUUACGGAUGGACUGCAGAACUCGGCCCUCGCCGGCUUGCCCAAGAAUCUGCCAGAGAAGGUGAAGUGCACGAGCUGGGUGUAUCGUACGUUGGGUGGGAGAGUCCGGUCGCGCGUACUUUGCCUGUCGUGCAACAAGCCAUCUGACACGUUCGACUCGCUCCUCGACCUGUCACUUGACAUCCCCAGUGGCGCCCAGAAUAUACUAGACCUCUUUGAUCACUACGUGCACAAGGAGAGACUCGAUGGCGACAACAAGUACAAGUGCGAGAACUGCAAGAAGAAGUCGGUUGCAACCAAGCAGCUGUUGAUCGCUGAGGCGCCUCCCGUCCUCGCCCUGCAUCUUAAGCGCUUCGGGUUUAAUUGGCAAGGCCAGUCAAAGAAGAUCGGGAAACACAUCGCAUUCCCUCCUAUCCUGGAUAUUAACCCAUACAUGGUGGACGAUCAUGCUGGGGGCCUACUGUACCGUUUGUCCGGUGUCAUCUGUCACCAUGGGUACGGCCCACAUUCCGGACACUACACAGCCUAUGUGCGCAGUCCCGAUGGAAAGUGGUUCGAGGCCGACGAUGAGGAAGUCCGUCAAGUCCCGCCUCAGAGAGCUCGGGCCGACCAUUCCGCGUAUGUUCUUAACUACGUGCGUCUCACGCCCGAUGAAGAGGCUGGCCUGCUCGCAAAGCGGUUGGAAAAGAAGGCUGCGGCGUCUGUUGAGGCGCCAGCUGUGUCGCCACCACUCAUUGGGAAGCGCCAGCGUGAGGGCGACGGCGCACCCACGUCGUCGGCCAAGCGUGUAACGUCUGCUCCAAUGGCAAACGGCACGCCGAUGAGCGCGAACGGGACCCCAAAGGCGAGCCCCAUGCUCCAGGCCAACACUCUCAACGAGCCAAAGGUCAACGGUACACCCACGCCGUCGUCUUUAGGCAAGCUCCAGGACGGCGAGGAGGCGCUGUCGUCCAACACGCGCAUCGCGGCAGCAAGGGCGGACGACACCUCAAAAGCCAACGGACACAUGAACGGCACUCCUAACGGCGCGCUCGCCAGACUGGCCAACUACGACAGCAGCAGCGAGAACGAGACCGACGAGUCUACCCCAGACCCCAGGUCCGGUUCGUUUGGCCCCACUGCGCCGACAAGCCCAAGACGCUCCACACCAGGCUCUCCGAAAAAGAGAAAGCACAAGAACCACCACGCCGACCCCAAGCGCGGGUUACACGGCCUAUCGAAGGGCGCACCUAUGCCGUUCGCCGUCGGCCGCACGCCGGGCAAGAAUGCCAACAUGCGCACCAACGGCAUGCUGAACCCGAAGGGCAGCCCCAGUAAGCGCGAGGCGCACCUGGGACGGCAGAAGGGCGUCUUCAAGCGUAUGCAGGGGCGGUAA